AUGCUGAUGGCAGUUGAGCUGUCUGAUCAAGUGAAUGUUGAGAACUUGACUGCUGUGGAUUCGACGUCGUCGAUUGAGGCUCAGCCUGAGGCGGAAGACGAGAGUAGAAAAGAAAACCAAGAUGAGACCAGUAAAAGCGAGGGUGACCAGACUGGAAAUCAAAAGUUGAAUGAGAAUGAGUUCAGUGCUAUGUCAGUCCAUGACCUGAUCAGAUCGAUCUCCGAGCUCAAUAGGGAUCCGACAAUCCAAAAAAUGCUCUCUGUACUGGCCGAAAAAAUUUCUUCUGGAUUCUCUGAGGCUGACCAGCCUGGAAAACAAGUAGAUGACACUGGUAACGGCGAGAGUGGCAAGAUCAAAAAAGAAGAGCCAAAUGACACCGAUGAAGACGAGAAUGGCGAGAACAAAGAAGAAAAGCCACCUGACACCGUUAAAGACGAGAGCGGCGAGAUCAAAGAAGAAAAGCCAAACACCGGUGAAGGCGAGGGUGACGAGACUGAAAAGCAAAAGCCAGAUAACACCGUUAAAGACGAGAGUGGCGAGAACAAAGAAGAAAAGCCACCUGACACCGUUAAAGACGAGAGCGGCGAGAUCAAAGAAGAAAAGCCAAACACCGGUGAAGGCGAGGGUGACGAGACUGAAAAGCAAAAGCCAGAUAACACCGGUAAAGGCGAGGAAGACGUGACCGGAAAAGAAAACUAUGAUGAGACUUGUAAAGGCGAGGGUGACAAGCAUGGAGAACACAAGCCAGAGGACAACGCUAACGGCGAGGGUGACGAGCCUAAAAAAGAAAAGCCUGAGGACAACUUUAACGGUGAGGGUGACAAGCAUGGGGAACACAAGCCAGAGGACAACGCUAACGGCGAGGUAAGCGUUACCCAAGCAAAAUCAGUGCAAACACGAAGAUAUACUCUGAAAACAAUUUAA